AUCUGCUUUAAAAUCUCCAGGGAAAGAUAAGGGAUCAAGGAGAGUUCAGUUUGAUUCUGAAGAUAUGUUUGAUGAAAAGUUCGAAACGAAUGGAAACGGGAACAAUGAUUCCGCUUUCGCUAAAGGUGAUAAGGGCAAAGGGGGGAAGGGAGAAAAGGGAGGUGUCAGUUCAAAGAAAGAGCCUCCUGCGCUUGUGCUCAAGGUUGAAGAGGAGAUUCCUGAAAAUGCCGAGUGUUUGAUGGACUGCGAAGCUGCACAAAUCUUGCAAGGAAUUCAAGACCAUAUGGUGCUACUGUCCAAGGAUCCAACAAUCAAAAUCCCUAGUUCCUUUGACAGGGCAUUGCAGUAUGCCACCAGGACCAAUCCUUACACUGAUCCUCAUUCGGUUAGACAGAUAUUGGAAUCUCUCAAGAACCUAGGUGUUUCUGAUGGCGAGAUGUGUGUCAUUGCAAAUACUGCGAUUGAAACUUCUGGUGAAGCUUUUGGUCUCUUGCCAUCAUUGAAGCUGCAGUUUAAUGUUUUUGUGGUAUUCCAGGCUAAGAAAAGCAAGGUAAAGGAACCCUUGAAAAGUGCGUUGACUGAACUGAAGAAGGUUAAACAUGCUACAGAGAGCACCAGAGACGCCAUAGUGCUUGAUUGA